GCCUGCCGGGGUGCAGGCGGAGGGGCUCCAGGUCGCGGCACCCGCCCGCGUGGGAGCAGCGGGGCUCGACGGCGCGGCCACUGGGCCGCGAUGGCGGCACACGGGAAACUGCGGCGGGAGCGGGGAAUGCAGGCUGAGUACGAAGCGCAGGUCAAAGAGAUUCGCUGGCAGCUGGGCGAGCAGCUGCGCUGCCUGGAGCUGCAGGGCGAGCUGCGCCGGGAGCUGCUGCAGGAGCUGGCUGAGUUCGCACGGCGCCGUGCCGAGGUGGAGCUUGAGUACUCCCGGGGCCUGGACAAACUGGCCGAACGCCUGGCCAGCCGCGGUGGCCGCCUGGGUGGCAGUGGGCGUGAACUGCAGAGCUUCCGGAAGGAGCCAUCACUCCUGUCCCCCCUGCAUUGCUGGGCCGUGUUACUGCAGCAUACGCGGCAGCAGAGCCGGGACAGCGCGGCCCUGGGUGAGCUGCUGGGGGGUCCCCUGGCACAGCGUCUGAGCCACAUCGCCGAGGACGUGGGGCGCAUCGUCAAGAAGAGCAAGGACCUGGGGCAGCAGUUGCAGGAUGAUCUCCUGGAAGUGGUCUCAGAGCUCCAGACGGCCAGGAAGACAUACCAGGUGUACCGCACAGAGAGCGCCAGCGCUGAGGCCAAGCUCCGAGAAGCUGAGCGGCAGGAGGAGAAGAGGGCGGGCCGGAGCGCCCCCACCACAGCCACCACCGUCACCAGCCCAGCCAGCGCUGCCGAGGCCGGGCCGCAGCGCAAGAGCUCGGUCAAGAAGGGGGGGCGGCUGGUGGAGAAGCGCCAGGCCAAGUUCCUGGAGCACAGACUCAAGUGUACCAAGGCGCGGAAUGAAUACCUGCUCAGCCUGGCCAGCGUCAAUGCAGCAGUCAGCAGCUACUACCUGCAUGAUGUCCUGGACCUCAUGGACUGCUGCGACAUGGGCUUCCACCUGGCCCUGGGGCAGGCGCUGCGGAGCUUUGUGGCUGCUGAGAGCCGCAGCCAGGCCUCCCACAUGCAGGGCCUGGGCAGCUUGGAGGAGGCGCUGGAGGCCCUGGACCCACUGGGGGACAAGGCCAAGGUGCUUGAGGUACAUGCGGCAGCCUUCUGCCCCCCACUGCGCUUCGACUACCAGCCCCAUGAAGGUGACCAGGUGACUGAGAUCCAGGUUGAGCUGGAGCUGCGGGAUGAGAUUGUGCCCAGGGCCCAGAACAUCCGGAGCCGCCUGGACCGGCAGGCCAUUGAAACAGAGGAGGUGAACAAGACGCUGAAGGCGACGCUGCAGGCCCUGCUGGAGUUGGUGGCGUCGGAUGAUGGGGAAGUGCCCGACUCCUUGCAGGCCAGCCCAUCCACAGAGUCCUUAAAGUCCACCGGCUCAGACUCGGGCGGGCGGCAGGCAGGCCGGAAGCGCGGCCAGCAGCAGGAGACAGAGACCUUCUACAUCACGAAGCUGCAGGAGUACCUGAGUGGACGCAGCAUCCUCGCCAAGCUGCAGGCCAAGCAUGAGAAGCUGCAGGAGGCCAUAGGGCGAGGUGACAAAGAGCAGCAGGAGACGUUGUGGACCCAAUACUCACAGAGAAAACUCCAGAAGAGCCGCCUGCCACGACCCAGCUCACAGUACAACCAGAGACUCUUUGGAGGCGACAUGGAGAAGUUUAUCCAGAGCUCAGGCCAACCUGUGCCCCUGGUAGUGGAGAGCUGCAUCCGCUUCAUCAACCUCAAUGGCCUCCAGCACGAGGGCAUCUUCCGGGUGUCCGGUGCCCAGCCUCGGAUCACAGAGAUCCGCGACGCCUUUGAGAGAGGCGAGGACCCUCUGGUGGAGGGCUGCAUGCCCCACGACCUGGACUCGGUGGCUGGCGUGCUCAAGCUCUACUUCCGCAGCCUGGAGCCCCCACUCUUCCCUGAGGACUUGGUGGUGGAGCUGCUGGCCUCUGUUGAGACCGAGGCUAUGGCCGAGCGCGUGCAGCCCGUGAGCCACCUGCUGGCACGGCUGCCUGACCCGGUGCUGGUGGUGCUGCGCUACCUCUUCACUUUCCUCAACCACCUGGCCCAGUACAGCGAUGAGAACAUGAUGGACCCCUACAACCUGGCUGUGUGCUUCGGGCCUACGCUGCUGCCUGUUCCCAGUGGGCAGGACCCGGUGGCCCUGCAGGGCCGUGUCAACCAGCUGGUGCAGACGCUCAUCCUGCAACCCGCGCAGGUCUUCCCGGCGCCAGCCUUGCUGCCCGGCCCGGUCUAUGAGAAGUGCAUGGCACCUCCCGCUGCCGGCUGCCUGGGGGAUGCACAUUUGAACAGCCUCACGGGAGAUACUGAGCUGGAGCCAGAAGGCGCCCCCUCGGCCCAGGAGGAUGACCCCGAAGGCACAGUAGAGGCUGUGGCCUGCUUUGGGUACACAGGCCGCACCGUGCAGGAGCUGAGCUUCCAGCGUGGGGAUGUGCUGAGGCUACACUCUCGUGCCUCGAGUGACUGGUGGCGUGGAGAGCACGGCAGCAUUCGGGGGCUCAUCCCACACAAGUACAUCACGUUGCUUGAGGGGAUGGAGCCGGGUGCCCCACCUGAGACUGUGGGCCCCUCUGGCCAUGGACGACACUGCUUGGUGCCAACGUCCCCAGAGCGACAUGUGGAAGUGGACAAGGCUGUGACGCAGAACAUGGACUCAGUGUUUAAGGAGCUCUUGGGAAAGGCCACCAUGCGCCAGGCGACCGCCGCCAGCCCUGGGCCACGAAGCCCGAAGUCCCCGGGUGGGGGUGGGGGUGGGGGUGGCGGUGUGCUUGGCAGGAACAAAGGCUUUGCCCGUGGGCCUUCAGGCCCAGGUUUCCCCACCUUCUUGAAUCUACAGGGCCCAGACUUGGCCCCCAAGCCACAGUGAGGGAGGGGGCCCCGGGGCUGUCCACUCUCCAUGGGUCCCCUGCUUCUCCUCACCCCCAGCUCUGCUCAGGGCCAGCCCGUGGGGUCCCGUGUGACUCAUAAAGCCCUGUGUGCCAUUUCCUGA